AUGGCGGGCGCGACGCACUCGAUAUCGUCGUCCUCGCUCGACGGCGGCGUCGGCGGCGGCGUCGGGGGCGGCAGCGGCCGAACCUCGAACGCCUCGUCGCUGUCGCGCGCGGGCUCGCGGCAGGGUUCGCAGGGCUCGCGCGGGUCCUCGCGCGGGUCGCUCAGCGGCGGCGAGAUCGAGCCCGCGCGCGGGGGCGACGGCGGCGGCGCCGCGGCCGCCGCGCGCGGCGGCGUCGUCGCCGGCGGCUUCGCCGCGCGGCGGCGGCUCCCGGGGCGACCGCCGGGCGGAGGUGGACCACGAGCCGCAUCGAUCGGACCGCAACCGCCGCAGCCGCGACCGCCGCAGAUGGUGGAGCGUCGUCGACCGCGGGACGGGCUCAAGCGCAGCGGCGGUCACGAGUGCGAGACCUGCGGCCGCGUGUUCGCGUCCGCGCCCGCGCUCGCGCGGCACGUCGCGACGCACGAGGCUGGAAUGCCGUUCGUCUGCGCCGCGUGUUCGAAGCGGUUCGCCACGGCGGCGGCGCUCGCGCGGCACAGGGCGAACGUCCACGGGAAAGCCGUCGGCGACGGCGAGGAGUACUUCACGUGCCGGAGUUGCGGGAAGCGGUACUUGGACGCCGCGAACUUCGUGAAGCACAAGCUGCGGUGCGCGCGGCAGGACGAGAUGGAGGCGUCGACGCGGCGGGGCGAGGACGUCGCCGCGGGCGGCGCGGGGUCGCCGAGAGCGCCGAGGAGAGGGCGGGACGGAAGGCGGUUCGUGGACAUCAACGCCGCGGCGGAGAGGGACACACACGAUUUCGGGGACGAGGACGAGGACGAGGACGACAUGAUGGAGUACUACAGCGGCGCGAGCGACGACGACGGCGCGAGCCCGUCGAGGAAAAAGUCGUCACACCCGCUGCAGCGCCCGGCGCGACGCGUCGACGGCGGCGGCGUUUUCAGCGGCGCGUCCUCGACCGGGAGUGGUAAUAACGCGAGUGGUAAUAAACAGGGCGGCGGGUCUCCCGGGAAGACGAUCUGGAGCAGCGCGGGCUCGAGGAGCCGGAAGAGCAAGGAGGAGGAAGAGCGAAUGCGGCGGAAGCGCUUGGGGUUGCCGCCGCCGCCGAAAAUUUUGGACGAACAGACCAAGGCGAAGGCGCGGAUGAGCCGUAAAGAACACGAGCGCGCGCUCGCGGAGGAGGCGCGAAAGAAGGCGGACAUCGAGCGCAAGGAGAAGGAGAUGCACUUGCGGCUUCUUCAGCAGCGGCAGAUUUUCCAUAACCAGCUCCUGGAAGAGGAAGCGCACCGGCGAAACAUUGGGAUGGACGUGGACGCUGAGAUCAUACGGUCGGGCGUCGACGGGUCGCUGCCGAAGUACGGGCCGGAGAUGGCGCUCGAGCUCGCGAAGCGGCUCGCGCGCGAAGAGGAGAACGCCGCUAAUAACACCGCGGCGAAGGAGAAGGAGGCGAAGAAGAAGAAAGGCGAGGAGGAGAACGCCGCGGCGGAGGAGGCGGCGAAGAAGAUGGCGGCGGCGACGUUGGAGGAGGAGAAAAAACCCGAACCGGAACCGGCGGCGGCCGCGGGGGCGGCGCGGGAAGGCGAAACGGCGCGGGAAGGCGAAACGUCGACCGACGCGAAAGAAGCCGAGGGCGCGAGCGCGGCCGCCGCGAACGCGGACGACGACGGGACCACCCCCGCCUCGGACGCGACGACGGCGACGGAACCGGCGACGGAACCGGCGACGGAACCGGCGACGGAGGGGGAAAUCUCCGCCGAACCCGCCGAACCCGCGGCGGCGGCGAACAGCCCUUCAAAGGUGGACGUCGGCGGCCCGAUCGAUCCGCAGCUCGAACGGAAAGGCUUCAAAGGCGUCUCGCUCAAGCUCGCGGAGAAGCCGCCGCUCCCGGACGCCGCCGGCGGCGGCGGCCGAUUGAAGAAGGGCUUCCUCGGCGGCGUCCUCGGCGGCGAUAAAAAGUCAGCGAGCGCCUCGGAGACGCGACUUCCCGUGCUGGGCUCGGGCGCCCCGACGAAGGAACGCAAACGGUCCUUCGACCCCGCGGCGACUCGACGCGCGAACAGCGAUUCGAACCUUCUGCACGCCGCGGACUACGCCGGCGGCGACCGCGUCGCCGAGCCUCGCAAGUCGCACGUGCAGCGAAUGGUCGAAGCCGCGGAGCGAGACGCGACGGAAACGCUCUUGGGCAAGAUGCGACUCGAAGCCGAAAAGGCGGAGGCCGCGUUCGGGGGUUGGCGCGCGAGCGAGAAACCGCGCGCCGGGCGGUUCGCCGUCGGCGCGUGGGAUCGAUACGAGCGCGACCUCGAGGAAGAGCGCGAUCCGUACUUUGUGAAGUGGUGCAAAGCGAGAGGGAUACCCAAGGCGGAGGAUUACGACGGCGCCGAGCGCACGCGCGUGUUUUGCGCGCAACGCGAGGCGCUGUGGCACGCCGGCGACCACGACCCCAUACCGGAGGACACGGAGAUGACCAACGGGCUGGCGGUGAUCGACCUCGUCAAGCUGCGCGGGGAGGUUGAGAAAGUGUUAGAGAAGGGCGGGGACGUCGGGGACGUGCAGCUUCCGGGGUUUAACCGCCCGCUGAAGUCGCUGAACGGAUCGAGCACGAGUCCGACGAGCGUCGCGGGGGCGCGUCAUUCGGCGGCGGCGUCGGCGUCGAACGGCGACUGGUCGACGAAGCCGACGCCGACGCCGACGCCGGCGCCGAAACCGGCGGAGAAGACGAGAGAGCGACCGGGCGCGGCGUCUCGCGUGAAGGUGAUACGCGUCGUGAGCGACGACAGCGACGAGGACAGCGCGGGCGAGGCGGAGGAGAGGCGCGACGAGGGAGACGCGGGCCGGUCCGCGGAGGCGACGUAG